UUAUUUGCAUCACGAUCGCAUGUUCCGCUUUCAGAUCUCGAGUUUGCUCGUCGAAAUUCAUCAUUUGCCCCUCGAACAUCUACCGAAAAUCGGGAUUUUACUAAUAAUACUGGAUUACCGGCACAGACUCAAGCUCUUGCCCAAACAAUUCCUAACCAACAAAGGAGGAAUAGCAAUGGUCCUGGUAGACUUAGAGACGCGUUUACCCAAAUUGUGCAACACAUGCUAAGAACUCCGACCACACAGGAUGUGCCUACUACUGUUACAGACGAAUUAUCAGCGCUUUCGACACCAACCUCGUCUAGAACCGAUGGAUCCACAACUUCUGAGGAUGAAGAUCAGGAGAUAAUCCGUAGGAUGUACAACCGCUUAGCAGAAGUUGUACAGAUUUCAUAUCAGAACAUUCUAGGUGAUAUCUCUCGUCAAAGUAUGCGGCAUAUAAAUGUUGAGUGUAUUUGGGAUUUAUUUGGUUAUACGAUAACUUGCGUAGAAAUAUCUCAACGAGGUGUUGGUGAAAAUCUUCCAGGAACUACUAUAGUUGACAGCUUAAGUACACAGACACUAACUAUUCUUAGAAUUCUUUCGGAAACUAUUAUCACUUAUAUUAACACAAUGUUAGCCAAUGAAUCUGAUGAAACUAAUUUGAAACAAAUGGCUUCCUAUAGAAUUCAUCAAAUAUUUUAUGGGCACCCUAUAAUACAGCAGAAAGAGAGCACCACGAUAUCUAAUUCUAUUAAUGAUGAAUCAAUACAGACUCAUGAGAAAUCUGAUUCAGGUUUAUCAAUAAAGACAAAACCCUUGUUACUAGAAGAUCCCUUUUUAUUGCUUGUUGAAUGCAGUAUGAAUAUGAUAUCGGUACUCGAAGAUGAAAUUAGCCAUUUUAUACGAAUACUAUUUGUAGCCGAAGUCAUCAAAGUAAUAAUUUCUGUUGUUGAAUCGGCAACCAAUAACAAGACUAGGGCUUGGAGAGAUGAAUUAAGUCUAAACAAAGAUUUCACCACUAAGUAUGCGCUUCCAGAAUCAAAAGAUUCUUCGAUUAAGGACUUUGUUAUAUGGGUAUUACAGCUAGAUGGUAACGAUGGACAUAAUGUCAUAAAUUUCUUGAACGACAUAGGAGAGUUAUCAUUCCUAAACAUUAUUAGAAAAUUUUGUCUACCUUAUUUGAGGAAAUGUAUGAUUUUAUUGCAUUCGAGAUUUGGCCUGGUGUUUUUCACUCAAACAUCAGAUGCCAUGGAAACGGAGCAAAAUGAGUUUGCAAGAUUGAGCAAGCUAUUAAGACUUCCUCCAUUGGAAGAGAUUUGUUCGUUAAGAGAAACAAACAGAAAUAUGCUUGUAAUUAUUGCAGGUUGGUGUAGUCAUUUGAACAUUCUUAGGCGGAAACCAUCAUCUAUAGCCGACUUGUCUGGAAGUCCAAAUGAUUCCAGCUAUUCACAAGAACCAUUGGCCGUCACAAUCAACCACCCAGCCAUAUUCGAAUUGGUAGGCUUACCAAAAAGAUUAGAUUCUUUAUUCGAAGAAAGCAUGAGAAGAGCAUGCAAAAAAUGUAAUACUGUGCCAAAUGACCCGGCCUUGUGUCUGUUAUGUGGUACUUUUGUAUGUAGUCAAAGUUAUUGUUGUUCCGAUGAGACCCGUGGUGAAUGUUACAUUCAUGCCAAAAGUUGUGGUGGUGACAUAGGGAUCUACUUGCUUGUUAAGAAGUGUGUAAUAUUAUUACUUCACUUGGAAAAUGGAUGUUUUCAGAAUGCACCAUAUCUUGAUACUCAUGGCGAAGUGGAUUUGGGGCUAAAACGUGGCAGACCACAAUUUCUUAAUCAAAGGCGAUAUGAUGAGAUUCGCAAGUUAUGGUUAACUCAUGGUGUACCAAUACAUGUUGCAAGAAAGAUUGAACAAAC